AUGGCUCCCUCGAGAGGCUGCAACACCCCGGUGGCUGCAACUGGCCCACGUAAUGAUGAGCUCACCUGGCAUGCGAUAGCAGCAGCCAACAUUCUGGAAGCGCAAAAGCGAAAAGGCCGAGUCGGAGGCAAGAAGUCUCGAAGGGGAUGCUUUAACUGUAAACAGAGGCGGAUCAAGUGCGAUGAGACACCUUUAGCCUGCAGGAACUGUGUCGAGUCCUCCCGCCGAUGUGAUGGAUACGCAGCAAGACCAUCUGAGAAGGCUGCGAAAAACAGCCAUGCACUUAUCGGCCUUCGACUAUCUCAACCCCUUGGCCUGGAGGAGAGCGAGAGACGGACGUUUGAUUAUUUCCUUUCUUGGACGGCGCCUCGACUUGGCGGUACAUUGGACAAGGACUUCUGGUGCGGACAGGUGCUUCAAGUUGCUCAAGUAGAGCCGGUGAUUGUCGACGCUCUUCUCGCCAUUUCCAGACUCUACGAGUAUCCACAGUGUCUCUCAGACAUCCAUGCGAACAGUACACAGGAUGAGAUGAUGCUCCCGUCAGAGUCUGUGGGGACAUCAGCCCUUGGUACUGGACGUCCAGAAGCAUACACGAAGAGCUCAACCGGGGACGAUCUCAGCGCGGUUCUCACCCACCAACAUGGGCUUGCUGUGAAGCAUUACAACAGAGCUAUCUCGCGCCUGAUCGAUGACGUGGCUUCCGGUAGAGCUACACUUCUUGUGGCACUGCUGAGCUGCGUACUGUUCAUUUGCGUUGAGUUCCUCCGAGAUAAUGUGUUUGCAGCCCUGAACUUGUUCACAAAAGGCUGUCAGAUCUUGAGACAAAUAGAACCUCAUAGCAGCGGCUUGGACCAGGCUCUGUACACCUCUCUCAAAAUGACAAUCACACGACUUGGCAUACUCGCCGCAAUGUACGGCCAUCCAGACCUGCUUGUAGGAAGAUCUAUGACUGGCGAGAUCGACGAGACUGCACCAUUGGAGACCAUGUCCGACGCCCGUGCUGCGCUUUACGUGGUCAUUUCGGACAGCCUUGAAUUUCACCGUGCGGCUAUCCCCUGGAAGAAAGCAAUGAUGAGACAGAGCACACAGGAACAGAGCUCCCCGGACAGUACCCAGUUCUUGGACGAAAUCAAUGAAAGCGUUUCACCACCUUCUACUCAAGGCUCGCUUCCGUCGCCCUCAUGGGACGAGUCUCCUCUUACAACCACGAGUACUACUCCCGACCGUGCGCAGCACAAAGUCGACAUGGGUACGGCUCCUACAACAUGUCUCACUGCAGAGCUGCCAUCCAGUGCGCAUGUCCAUGGCUUGCUACUUCGACAGCGAGCUCACUAUGAGUCUCGCUUGCAACGCUGGAAUCAGGGCAUGCAAAGGAUUAAGACAAAGAGCGACGAUGCAUCAUCCAUCCUCAUCAUGUAUUACCGUGCGACUAUCAUCCUGAUGGCGAGUCGUCUUUCGCUCUACGAAUCAAUACACGAUGACUUUACCCACGAGUACGAGGAAAUUAUCCGCUACGCCGAGACGUACUACAAAUCGCGGUCUGAACAACUCAGCUUUACCUUUGAACCGGGCGCGAUUCCCAUUCUGUGGAUGGUUGCAACCAAAUGCCGAGUGCCCUCGUUGAGGAGGAAGGCUCUGAAGCUUAUCAGGAGAGCUCCGAUGAAAGAAUGUAUGUGGGCAAGAGACUCAGUCGCUGACUUCGCCUCUCGCAUCAUUGCGAUUGAAGAAGGCCUGUCGUCGUCCUCCGAAUACUCUGGGAACACUGAAGACCCUGUGUCAUCACCCCUCGAUGAAUCUCUCCCGCCUGAGUCGCCAAGGAUUCACGAUGCCGAGAUCCUGAAAGAUGUACACUCAGGACGGUCUGCUAUGCGAGUCACUCGAUACUUGGACGGACCUCAUGGCUCGCGGGUUCAGUCUGUUCAAUACUAUCCAAUCUAA